AUGCCGCCAAGGAGUGUAGUAAGGGAUUGGCCGUGGUCUGUAAGGGUUGAGCAGUCUGACAGUGAGAAUGUAUCUAACGAUUUGGUUGGGACAGCGAAAGAGCAUUCGGGGCCGCUGUUUCCAACAACCUCUGAAGAACCGGAGGAAGAGCCUGAGGAAGAACCUAUGGAAGUGGAACUGGAACCAGAUGAGCCUCGAUUUAAUCCAAUGCAUCACGGGUUAGGAGCGUAUAGUGUUGAACGGAAAGUGAACCUAGAAGCGGAAUAUGAGGAGGAUCCAGAAGAGGAUCCGGUGGAAGGACCCAUGGGAAUAGAAGCGGAUCAGGUGCCUAUUGUGAUACCGGAUUCUCCAGUAUACAUCGAAAUUUCAUCAGACAGUUCGAGAAUGGUUGAAAGGAAUGAUAGUCCAGCUCCGGUUGAUUCUCCAAUCCGAAUGCCGCAGUUAAAAUUUAUUUCAUCGAGAAUGUGUUAA